UAGUCAGUAAACAGGUCACCUGCUGUCAGAGCUCACCUGUGCUCCGCAAAGAGAGGCUCCUUUUGGCUUGGCUCGCCUGUUUCUCAUGGACAUCAUGCAGAUCCAUGGUCAGCACCUGCUGACAGGCCGGGAGCAGAAGAAACACAAAGAACACAGCGGACAAAUUCGGCUGCAUGUUUGGGACUAGUCGAAGACUAUUUAUUUGUAACUAACGUGUUUGUUUUAUAGGUUGGAGCAACAGGAGCACAGCCUUGCAGAGGAGUUCCCACUAUAAAGUAUCACCGCAGCGUGAGGGCUGGAAUAUAUAAAGUUGCGCGUUCACGUUGGUCUCCUCCAAUCACAGCGCAGCCCUGUGAACGCGCACCACACUGGAGCCAAAAGUUUAUCAAUGAUGAGAAAAAAACAGGAGCGACAGUAGCAGAGUAUAUGGGAUAGUGUUUUAGCUUAUCGGUUAAACGAUUAUGUGUCUCCGAUUUCCAAUUUUAUUAUCCAAUUACGCACAAGUGGAUGGAGGAGGGAGGGUAAAUGCUCUUAUAAGGUCUUCUUCCUGUUCAUCCGGAGUCUUCGGGGAUGAGUGAUCAAGCGAGUGCCAACAAAGAGUUAAUGGAGCAGCUGCGGAUGCAGGAACUCUAUGGGCAGAGAAAUGCGGAUGGCUCUGACCCCUUCACCUACACUGACCCAGAGGACGGGACUGUGUAUGACUGGGACCAUGAAAAGAAGGCCUGGUUCCCAAAAAUAACAGAGGACUUCAUUGCAGCCUACCAGGCCAACUAUGGCUUCACUCAGGAAGGAGAUCCAGAUGUUGACAAAGCCGCAGUGAGCGGCACAGAGCCAGCAGCUCCCAAACCAGACAGCAAGCCCUCAGAAAAGGAGAAACCAGGAAAUGCCGCCCAGAAAACAGAGCCAGUCCAGCAAGAGACCCCAUGUAAAGAAGCUAAGCAGAAAGGGGAGAAGAGGAAAGCAGAGCCAGGAUGGUUUGAUAUCGACGACAGUAAAAACACGAAUGUCUACGUAUCAGGCUUGCCUCCUGACAUCAGCACUGAGGAGUUUGCUGAGUUGAUGUCCAAGUGUGGCAUUGUGAUGCGGGACCCUAUCACCGAAGAGUACAAGGUCAAACUAUACAAGGACAAAGAGGGAAAUCUGAAGGGAGAUGGCCUCUGCUGCUAUCUCAAGAAGGAGUCGGUGGGGUUGGCUCUGCGUCUGAUUGACGAGUCAGAGAUCCGAGGUUAUAGACUCCACGUGGAAGCAGCACGGUUUGAGCUGAAGGGCCAUUAUGACGCCAGCAAAAAGAAGAAGAAGAACAAAGAUUAUAGGAAGAAGAUGCAGCAGCAACAGAAACAGUUGGAUUGGAGGCCAGAGAAGCAAGGAGAGGUGCGGAAGAGGCAUGAAAAAGUUGUCAUCAUCAGGAACAUGUUCCAUCCCAGUGACUUUGAGGAAGACCCACUGGAGUUGAAUGAGUAUCGUGAGGAUCUACGGACAGAGUGUGAGAAGUUCGGGGAGGUCAAGAAGGUCAUCCUCUUUGAUAGGCACCCAGAUGGCGUGGCAUCAGUCGCAUUUAAGGAGCCUGAGCAAGCCGAUGCGUGCAUUCAGUCGUUCAACGGUCGCUGGUUUGGAGGAAGGCAGCUGACUGCUCUGCUUUGGGACGGAACGACAGACUAUCAGGUGGAAGAGACGACACGUGAGCGGGAGGAACGACUGAAGGGUUGGUCUGCUUUCCUGGAGGGAGACAAACAGAGCCAGCAGAACAACACCACCAAGCCAGCAGAGGGUGCCACCACCACCACCACCACCACCCCCACUACAGAACCCACAGAGCCCUCCAGCACCACAGAGCCCAAACAGCAUCCGAAAUCAGAACCACAGCAACAGGACGAGGGAGCAGAGUCUACAGACAGCAGCCUAGCAGGAAGUGAUGAUGAGGAAGCGUAAAUACUCACAUGUUCAUCGUUGGUACCCAUGGCAACCAAUUAGGACAGUCCUGCUUGAAUUUUAACUGUGGAGAAGCUCCUUGUUGAGCAGGCGAGGAGGAGGAGGAGGAGGUAUUUGAACAGUUUGAGCUGUUUUGUAAUGUAGGAAAAUAAAUUGUGUUAAGAUAA